AAAACCAGCCUGCAAGUGCGCGUGCGCAUCUGACGGUCAGAAGUGGGCGGAGCGCCCCGAGGUCAUAGGCGGGGUCACGCGGGAGGCCUGACGGCGCAGGGCGAAAGGAGGUUGCGGCCUCAGCCUCUCCCCUCGGUCCGCGCUUCCAACCUAGGAGAGCUCGGGGCGUGUCCAAACGGCCUCCCCGCCCCGGGCUCGGCCUUUUUCCUCCUCCUCGCCUUCCGCGGUGCCUAGCAUUUCGGUUCCUGGAAAGCCUACGGGAGCUGCUCUUGGGGCUCUGACUAAAGUCCAGUCCUCGAAAGGGAGCCUCGAGAGCGGCGGUGCUGGGAGACCGGGUCAGCUCAACCGCAGGCGCCAGCCAGGAAGCCAAUGCUUGUUUGCUACUGAUGGGUGUGAGCAAGUUAGAUAUCCUAUACCGGAGACUUCUCCUAACAAAACUUUUUAUCAGAGGAUGGGGAAGGCCAGAAGAUCUCAAAAGACUCUUUGAAUUCAGAAAGAUGAUUGGAAAUCGAGAGAGAUGCCAGAAUCUGGUUUCAAGCGAUUAUCCAGUACACAUUGAUAAGAUUGAAGAGCAAUCAGAUUGUAAGAUCCUAGAUGGACACUUUGUUUCCCCCAUGGCUCACUAUGUGCCUGAUAUCAUGCCAAUUGAAUCUAUUAUUGCAAGGUUCCAAUUUAUUGUGCCUAAAGAAUGGAACAGCAAAUAUAGACCUGUAUGCAUUCAUCUUGCUGGAACAGGAGAUCAUCAUUACUGGAGGCGACGAACACUAAUGGCCCGUCCUAUGAUUAAAGAAGCCCGAAUGGCUUCUUUAUUGUUAGAAAAUCCUUAUUAUGGCUGCAGGAAACCCAAGGACCAAGUAAGGUCCAGCUUAAAAAAUGUGUCUGACCUUUUUGUGAUGGGAGGAGCUCUUGUUUUAGAAUCUGCAGCCCUCUUGCACUGGCUAGAGAGGGAAGGUUAUGGCCCUUUAGGAAUGACUGGAAUAUCCAUGGGAGGACACAUGGCUUCCUUAGCGGUAUCCAACUGGCCUAAGCCCAUGCCAUUGAUUCCAUGCCUGUCUUGGUCUACAGCAUCUGGGGUCUUCACUACGGGUGUGUUGAGUAAAUCAAUUAAUUGGAGGGAGCUGGAAAAGCAGUAUUAUACCCAGACAGUUUAUGAAGAAGAAAUUAUUCACAUGCUUGAAUACUGUGGAACAGAUUCUUUCAAAAUGGGACAAGAGUUUGUGAAACGCUUCGCUAGCAGUGCAGACAAGCUAACUAACCUUAAUCUGGUUUCCAGAACUUUAAAUUUAGAUAUAACAAACCAAGUCGUAUCCCAAAAACCUGCUGACUGCCAUAAUUCUAGUAAAACAUCUGUUAGUGCCACAUCAGAAGGACUCUUACUGCAAGAUACCUCUAAGAUUGAGUGCUUCAAUCAAACACUUUCAACCCACAAAAGUAGUUAUACAAGUUGCAAUCCUCAGUCAUACCACCUUCUUAGUAAAGAACAAAGAAGAACCAAUCUUCGGAAAGAACCUUUAAUAUUUAUGAAAGGAGUCAUGGAUGAAUGUACUCAUGUAGCAAAUUUCUCAGUUCCAGUUGACCCAAGCCUCAUUAUAGUGGUUCAAGCCAAAGAAGAUGCCUAUAUUCCACGAACAGGGGUUCGAAGUUUACAAGAAAUUUGGCCUGGUUGUGAAAUCCGAUACCUAGAAGGGGGUCAUAUUAGUGCUUAUCUUUUUAAACAAGGACUCUUCAGACAAGCCAUCUAUGAUGCAUUUGAACGCUUUCUCCAUAAAUACCCUAACUAAUUGGAUCAUUAUAUGUAACCAGUGUGGCCAUGGUGUUUCUUACAAAAGGAAGCUUCAUCCUAUGAUGAUGUGAAGGACAAGCAGACAGCGCUAUAUAUCUAAUUGCUAUCAAUGUAGUCUGGAAUUCAUUGUUAAAGAUCAGUUAAUGAUAAAUUUUGAAUACAUUUGAAUAAUUUGAAGACAAUAUUUGAAGUAAAUAAUGUUAAGGUAUUUUUAUUAUUGUUUAUUGGAAUCCCAUAUACUCAAUAUUUAAUCUGUUGUUACUAUUUAUAAAAACUAAAUUUUUAAUCAUGAAUAAUUUAAUUUAAAUAAAUUUAUUCAUAGAAACCCUUCCGGUUUUUAAUAAAAUUGCUAAAUCAAACCAAGAUUUUAAUAUAUCAGCAUUUACCUUAUACCCUUAUAUUAUAACAUUUCACUAUUGACUUGAUUUGAGAAACAUGUUUAUUUCUUUUUUGAAUGUAUGGUGAAUUCAUAGUCUUGUGUUCAACUUCAGCCAAUUUUCUGCUGUGGAAAUAAAUACUUAUGAUGUAUAAAAA